CGAUAGUAAUUGUGAAAAUCAAGCGAAAAAUUGCGAACGCGAGUACGUAAAUUGUAUUAAAAAUCUCAAUAAAUUUGUUUAAUCAAAGCUUAAUUGAUAAAUUGAAACAUGGCGGAAGAGUGGCAGAGCCAAAACUUUCGUCAGAAUGUCAUUUCCAAAAUCCACGACAUGUUGCCCCAAAAUGGGCCGGAGCCCAAUAAAAACGCCAGCAUGAUGGAAAAUCAUAUUUUUCGCAAGUCACACACUAAGGAUGAGUAUCUGGGACUGGUAGCCAAAUUGUUUAUGCACUACAAGGACGCGUCCCUGCGCAAAUCUCAACCACAACAACAACGGCAGCAGCAACAACAACAGCAACAACAACAGCAGCAACAGCAGCAGCUGCAACAACAACAGCAACAGCCUGCCCCGUCGAACGCCGAAAUGGGACAACAGAAUAUCAUGCAGGAUCCGUUGAAUGCGCUGCAAAACUUGGCUUCUCAGGGCAAUCGCAAUCCACAACUGAUGCCAAUGGGCGGCGCGCCGGGCCCAAAUCAAAUGGCCGGUCCCGGUGGACCGGGUACUGCCUCCAAUUUGUUGCAAACACUGAACCAGCAGCGACCCGGCCAACAGCAAAUGCAGCCCAUGCCCAAUAUACGUGGCCAACUGCCCAUGGGCGCCGGCGCCGGGGGACAGCAAAUGGUACAAGUGCAGCAAAUGGCUGGCGGCAAUGGACCUGGCGGUGGCGCUGGCGGCAUGCAACUAACUGCUAUGGGACCCGCCGUUUCGCAGGGCCAAGGCCAGAUUGUGGGCAAUGCCGGCGGCAUGCCCAAUCAAAUGGUGGGCCCGGGACCCAAUAGUGGACCAACUGGCGGUGCAGCCGGCGGCAUGCCCAACCAAAUGUCGCCCAUGGUGAUGGGCAUGGGCAAUCCGAUGAUGCGCAUGAACCAGGGCAUGCAGGGCAUGCCGUCCAAUAUGCAGCAGCAGCAGCAACAGCAUAAUGUUGUGGGCGGACCGGCCGGACAGCAGCAGGUGGGCGGACCCGGUGGCUUGCCGCCCAAUGCGGUGCAACAGGGUGGCGGCGCUAUGAAUCCCAUGGCCGGCAUGAAUGUCAAUAUGCCGCCCAAUAUGCAGCAAAAGCCAAAUAUGGGCAUGGGCCAGGCGGGCCAAAUGUUUGCGGGCAAUCGCGGCGGUGUGGUUGGCGGCCAGCAGCAGCCGCAGCAGCCUUUCAUGCGCUCCAGUCCCUCACCAGCGGAUGCACAGCAAUUGCAGCAGCAGCAACAGCUGCAGCAAUUACAGCAGCAACAACAGCAGCAACAACAACAGCAGCAACAGCAACAACAACAACAACAACAACAGCAGCAACAACAACAACAGCAGCAGCAGCAGCAGCAACAACAGCAAUUAGUGGGCAACCAGACGCCCACACAACAGCCGCCAACCCCCCAGAUGCCCACACCACAAAUGAUACCCAGCCCGGCCUUGGUGCCGCAAUCCAGUCCGCAAAUGAUGAUGCAGAACACGCAACGCAACAUACGCCAGCAAUCGCCGAGCGCAUCGAUCAAUACGCCCGGUCAGGUGACAGGCAACAGUCCGUUUAAUCCGCAAGAGGAGGCGCUCUAUAGAGAGAAAUACAAGCAGCUGACCAAAUAUAUUGAGCCGCUCAAGCGUAUGCUGGGCAAGAUCAGCAACGAUGGCACCAAUGUAGAAAAGAUGACCAAGAUGAGCAAAUUGCUGGAGAUUCUAUGCAAUCCCACGCAGCGUGUGCAGCUGGAUACGCUGCUCAAGUGUGAGAAGGCGCUGGAAAAGAUGGACCUGGUCUCCUACUCGGGUCAGCAGUUUGGCAAAUCGUCCAAUCCCCUGCUGGAGGUCAUAAAUACGACGCUGCAGAGCCCAUUGGCAAAUCAUACGCUGCAUCGCACCUUCCGGCCCAGCUUGGAGCUGCUCUUUGGCACAGAUAUAUGCGCGCCCGUGCCGUCAAAGAAGCCGCGCCUUGAGGAAAAGACCACGCCAUUUGAGCAGGAUGUGCCGCAUGUGCUGCAGGGCGAGAUUGCACGGCUCGAUACCAAGUUUAAGGUCAAACUGGACACGACCGCACAAAACAAUAACAAGACAAUACGUUUGAUAUGCUGCUUGGAUGACAAGCGUUUGCCCAGCGUGCCGCCGGUUAGUGUUAGCGUGCCGGAGGAGUAUCCAUGGCAAUCGCCCGAUUGCUCGCUCACCGAACAGGAAUAUUCGGCCACGCCGUUCCUGCAAACUGUGCAACAGGCACUGAUAGCGCGCAUGUCCAAGCUGCCAAAGAACUAUUCACUCUCGCAUCUGCUGGACACCUGGGAAAUGGCUGUGCGUCAGGCCUGUUCGCCCCAAUCAAAGCCACGGGCCAUGUGCGAACUAAGCACGCUCUUGGGUAUAUAAAUGGAAUCCCACAUGGUUCUCUCAUCUAUAUAUAUAUAGGAAUAACAAUGAAGAUAUCUCUUCGGGCUGUUCUAGACUAUAUUUCUAUAAGAUCUAAUAUAGUUGUCAGGGGUAUGUAGACUAAUAUACCCAUUGAAAUUACGUACAGGUGCAGGCUUCUCUGUUCCUAUAGAA